AUAUCAUAAUGCAACUAAUAUAGGAAUAUUAUCCGGUAUAAAACAAAUUUUAGUGGAAAUAACUUUUUUGCAGUCAAAAAUUGCUGUGCAGACUGAUCCACUAAUGAUCAAGAAAUCAUACACUUUCCUACGGACUGCUAGCAAUACCAGAACUGGGCUUAAACUUGCCACUUGCCUGAGAGUGGUAGCCCCACACGAACAUGGUAGGUAGGAAAUACGAGCGCACAAUCGUAAAUUCAGCAGUCACUCGUCCCACUGUGCCUCCACUGAUGGUAAUAGUAAACGAAACUUUUAACGUUCCAACAUUUGGUGGCGGGUGGCUCACUUCACACUUGACAGUCAUGCCGACCCGGGUUCGGGUUCGGGUCGGGUGAAUGGAGCGGCGGGGAGAGUGGCAGCGACAUGGACCCCCGGUUGGCAUGGUGCACGAAAGGGCCCAAACGAAAAAUACAUUUUCCAGGCAUUUAUCGCCGUUUUGAGUACACUUAAGGCUGUUGGCCGUGCCAGUUGAGAGAGCGCGUGUGCUGUCCAGCUGCUGAGGAUUCCCAUUGAAUAGUCGCAAGGAGUAGCAGGAAGCAGGCAGAAGCUCCAAGAUGAGUUUGCUGCUAAAGCGACGCUCCCACAGCGAAACGCGUCCCAAAGAUGUUCCAGAUAAAUCCAAACAGCAAUCACAGCCACAGCAGAAGCACCAGGAGAAGCACGAGCUGCAGGAGAGACCACAACAGAUACGUGGCAAGCCGCAUUCCAGUGAGCAGAGUCUCAACAGAUUGGGAAUGUCCCAUCAACAACAAUCCACCAGCUUUUCGAUGGCGGGCGGCAUGGGCAGACGCAAAACCUCUGCGGAGCUGAUCAGCGAGGCCAAGCUUUUUCUUGGCGAAACGGUGGCAGGUGCCAGCGGCGGCGGUGGUGCUGGUGGUGCAGCCAUGCAAAUGAUGGCCACUGGCGGCGCACGUCUGGUCAGCACUCGUCGUCCGAUCACACCGCGCGAACCCGGUCGAGUGCUGUAUGGCAAGGUGGCCCUAGCCGGACGUCCACCUAGCGCAUUUUCAAUGCGGUAUCUACAGAAUGAGAAGCCAGCGCCACGACAACUUCCCGCACUCUCUGGCACGGGGCCGACGACACCCAUGCCCACACGGAACGGUGCGCUGCUCGGGCAGUCCACCACAGAGACGCUGAUUGAGCUGCUGAAGCAGCAUAGCGGCCUAAAGGAGUGCACCAACGAGACAGUGCAGCAUAUAAAUGCAAUCUUGCAGGAGCUGUACACACGCGUGAGAAAGCAGGAGCGCAACUUCAAGCGUGGCUUCAUCCUGGGCGGUCUCUAUGGCCUCGUGGAGUGUACCUCGCCGCGUGUUCUCCUGGCUGUGGCUCGAGUGGUGCUAGCUCUUCGUGUGACGGGCAGCAAUUUAACGGGCGCCUGCAAACUCAUCUUCAAGGUGGCCCGGCACGAGCAGAAUGAUGGCCUGUUCCAUGACCACGAUGUGCUGGAACUGCUGAUUGACGGCCUGGGCCGCGCCUCGCCCCUCGACGAGCCCGAGGCGUGCAUCUAUGCCUAUGGCUGCAUACGUUUCCUCACCGCCAGCAGUGCCCAGGACCGCGAUGAUGCCCUGAACCGCAAUUGGAUUGGUUUGGGCGAAGCCAUUAAGGCUCCCCUUGCUGCUCCCGUUUCUGCUACGCUCUCUGCUGUGCCUGCGGCAGUGCUGUGUCCGCGCAAAUUGACGGGACAGCAGACAUUGGUAUCACGUCUCGCCCGCCAUGGCGCCGUGGAGCUGAUGAUCCUUCAUCUGCAGAUGCUCAAUGAGGCGGGUGCCACUAAACGUUUGACCGGACCACCGCUGCAUACGCUCUACCAGCUGUCGGCGGCCAUGCGUGCCCUGGCGGAUGUCUCACAGCAGCAGCAACGGCUUCAGCUGCAGCUACAGCUGGCGUGUCCGCAUCUGAUUCGGGCUGCAGAGGUGUCCAUGGGGGAGCUGGAGGUUCAGGCCAAUGUUGUGCGCACUCUGAGUGUGCUCUCAGAGGACUCUGACUGCUGCGAGACGUUGCACAAUUAUGCCGCCAGAAUUGGCCUGCUGCUGGGUCCCUCCUGCUCGAGUUCGGGCGCCAGUGAAAGACUUCUGGCCGUCCUUAGUCGCCUGGGCUAUAUGCUGGGCAAUAUUCUGGCCAAGCACGAGUCUGCCAGAAUCCAGUACUUUCACAACGAUGUGGCCAUGGAGUAUCUGCUGAAUGUGCUGGAGCAGCUGGGCGAACGCUCGCCGAGCAGUGUGGCCCUGCUGGAUGCCCAGAUCAAGCUGAUUCGUGUGGUGGCCAAUAUGAGCGUGAAUCCCGAGGUGGGCGCCGGCCUGGGCAAUGUCCGGUGCUUGGGUUCGGUGCUGCUGAAGCUGCUCAGCCACACAAGCGCCUCGUUGGCUAAGAAGAAGUCUGCUGAGCAUCAGGAGCUCCUGCAUGCCACACUGGGUGCGCUGCACAAUUUGUGUUUCUAUCAGGAUAAACAGACGACAGACAGCGUUGCCGUCCCGGCCACGGCCGCGGCUGGUUCCCUGCAGAGUCUCAUCGAUGAGCUGUCCGCGUCGCUGGCCGAGGUGUUGGCCAACUGCCAGACGGCUGCCACCAAGGUGGAACUGACCCGGGUGCUGGGAAAUCUCACGCGUAACGAGCGCGCCCGACGCUGCUUCUGUGCGGCCGGCGGACUGCCGCUGAUGGUACAGCAACUGACCAGGCAGGCGGCCGGCCAGGACUACGAGCUGCGCACCUGCGCUAUCGGGGUUCUGGUCAAUCUGCUGGGCGAUGGCGAGCAACGGGCUCCAUUCCUGCAGCUGCGCGGCGCCGAACUGUUGUCGCUGCUGCUGCGUGGAUCCCUGGAGCAGGAGGACUGGUUCCUGGCCAACAUCGUGUGCCAGGCCCUGUGGAAUCUUCUCAUCGACGGGCAGUGCGCGGUCACUCUGUGUCGAAGCGGCAGCAUUCUGGACGAGGUGAGCGACCUGCUGGCUGACUAUCUCGACGAGGAUCGCCUCAAUGCCGGCGAUGGCGAUGACGAUGACGAGCAGCCUGGGGAGGAUGAGCACGAGCUGGAGACGGAAAAGGAGACAGAUGACGAUGACGGAGAUCACGAUGCCCUGUGGGAGGACUUUGCUCUGGUGGCCACCGAUCUGCUGGAGCGUAUCCAAAACAACUUCGAUAGGCAGCAGCCGCAAACGGUACUACGCACCGAUAACGAUGACGAUGGCGACGUAUUCAUCGAGGAAAUGUAGUCCCCGCCUCCCCCCAGCAGCAUAGUCUCUGGUAUUUCUAUGUGUUUGCAUACGUUAUCCAUCAUUAUAUUUGACAGCAACAUAAUCCCAAGCCAAUAAAACAUAUUAAAAAGAA